UUCUUGCAAAUAUAGCAUCUCUCGAGAAGCACGGCCCAAGGUAUACUAUCUCGAUAAUUUGGUCUCAGCAGUCAAGUUCGCCAACUGUGUCACCAUGAUUUCCAAGUUGGAAAGUAUGUAACGAAUAGACAAUACAUCAUUCGGUGGGCCUCAUGAGUCCUGGAGAGCUAACUGGCCCCUCUUAUCAGGCGUAACAAGGUAUACGUGAAUUUAUGAAAGAGGCUCACGCUGUAAAGCUGGACAAAGAUCAUGCAUGAACAUCCUAUCAGACAAAGCCAUAUAAAUGAACAACUAGUUACAAGGAACCUCCACUGCGUCCGCGGCAACCAAUUCACAGUUACGCGCCGGAACUAGGAAAAUCUAGGGCUCACCCUGGUUCACCAGUAGAACAUUCCGGAUCCCCAAUCCCACGAAUAUCAGUACACGCAAAAUUCCGUUCUGUUAGUUUACCAUUCUUUCGCUUUUCUCCUCUCCACCUUUGUUUCCGUGCUCCUUCCUUUGACUUGUCAACCUUUCACACCAGACACUCAACACCUCUGGUUGUUUUCAAAAUCGACUCACAGCAUACGUCACUCUUUGUUGAGACAAAGACCAUGGCCCGCUCUAAGGUGAGCUCCAAGGUGAAAUCAAGAAAGGGCCGCCGUCGUGGAAGUCAGAUGUCAUGGAACAAUAACAAUAUCAACACUCUGUGGCAAGUCAUCAUGCGCACCCAGCAGGUGAACCUCGACCUGAACCUAGCUGAGAUCUCCGCUGCUUGGCCUACCCAUCCCCGCCCCACGGUCCUUGCGUUAGAGCAGCAGCUGGCCAACUUCCGUCGUCAUCUGCGCCCUGGAAACAGUGUGGUGCUCCGCCGCGGUGACAUCAACGCAGCCAUGAGUUCUCUGGCCACUGCCAAUGCUCAUGCUCAUGCUGCUUCGACUGUGAAUGCCCAGACCCAUGUCCUUUCCAUCAAUAACGGUGGCAAUAGCAACACUACUACCGACGCAACUGCUCACGCUCACCCUCAUACCGGCAUCAUCCAUGGUGUCCAGGGAAUGGCAGGUCCUAGCAAUGCUAAUGGUAAUGGCCAUCAUGCUAUCAAUGGUGGUAACGCGGGUUGGUUCUCCCCUCCUCCCUUGCAGAUGCACAGGGUUAAGGAGUCUCAGGUGCCAGACAUGUCCGGCGAGCCUCCCCUCGGCUGGGAUCCCGCUCCCGACCCAUCAGCCAGGGCUCUAGAACUCAGCAGGACAGCUAGCAGUCGUGUCAUGACUAGAGCCUACUGGCCUCAUCCUCCCGUGGCUCGUCGUUACAUAGCAUAUUGUGACUGUGGAAGUUUGACCUGUUCUUACUGCCAUGAGAGGAUCAUGGCCCAGCGGUAGUCCUCUUGGUGUUGGUGUUGGCGAGUUUGGGAUGCACAUGUAUCUAUUCAUGGAGUUCUUCUAGGGGUUGGAUGUGGUUACGGCCGGUUGUGAAUUCCGGUAGCCACCAACCUGUUCGCCGGAUUGGAGGGGUAUUUAUGGCUACCGCUGAUGGUGGAUAGUGGAGAGUUCAUAGUUGAUACUAAUACAUACGAAGAAAUCUCUCUAUAAAUUACCCUAGUAAGGUACCGUGACUGUCCA